CAGGAACGAGACAAAGCCGAGUUUAAUGAGCUCGCUGCAGUGGAAGCACAUGAGACUGCCGGAGCAGUUGUCCCUGGGCGAAGGAUCGAGCCAACUAUUAAUGGCAACAGGCUGGAAGUUUAUGCGAAAAGUUUCUGAAAGUAAUACGCAAAGAAAACACAAACGGAGCUAAGUCCCAUCAAGCAACAAUAAACGGGAAGCCAACGGAGGAAAAACCGCUUAAAUCAGCACAAGAAAACGUCGAAAGAAGCUGGAUCUGAAACUGAACCUGAAACUGAGGCAGAAGCAGAAAAGUUUUCCGGCUACGGAUUUCCAUUUCCCGAACACCGAAUAUCAUCAUCAUCAUCAUCAUAAUAGCCACCUUGGUUAUUGUUUCGCAAAGGAUUACAUAUUAUGCGAUAAACAUGAAAUACACAAGCGAUACACGAAUCAUUGUGUUCAUUUGCUGUUUGCUGCAAGGUCUGGCCGUCGGCCUGCGCAUGAUUAAAGUCUCCAUUCCCGCCUACAAGGUCCGCGGCGAGUCCGCCUUCUUGGAAUGCCAGUACGAGCUGAAUCGGACGCACCACACCGUCACGGGUCUACAGAGUCAUCAGGAUGCCCAUGGGCACGGGCGUAACUCCCACGCUGGCGGAGACUUCCACUACCCGGACAGCGAUGGCUUGGAGGAGGAUCACUCCCCGUACCGCUCACGAAUGCGUCAGAGCCAGAACCAAUACCAAAACCCGGGCCAGCGGCAGCACGGUCAGCGUGGUCAGCGGCCCCGGCAGCGGGAACCCAUCGCCAUGCGGCAAUACCAGAGCCAGCAUCAGCAGCUGCCGUCACCGCCGGAGAAGUCGCCUUACGGACACAGUGUCUACCGGGGCAGUGCGGCCUCCGGAUAUCUGGGUGCCCAUGUGGGGGCCAGCACCCACAGCGGCUCGAUGACCGUGAGCUCUGGCAGCAAUACCGGAUCGGCAAGCUAUAUACCAGAAUUCGAUCGGGCGGACAGCUUCGACGACAGCAUCGACCAGGACGAAGACGACGAAGAGGACGAGGAGCAGGCCGAGGAGGGCGAGGCCCUGUACGCCAUCAAGUGGUACAAGGACAAUGAAGAAUUCUACCGCUACGUGCCAAAGGCUCGUCCGCCAAAAACCAGUUAUCGAGUGGACGGAAUUCGUGUAAUUGAGGAGCUCUCCGACGCCAGCCGUGUCCUUCUGCGCGGUCUCACCCUCAACUCUACUGGACUGUACCGUUGCGAGGUAUCCGCCGAGGCCCCCAAUUUCUCAUCGGUGCAGGGCGAGGGUCGCAUGGACGUAGUCUUUCUGCCACGCGAUGGUCCACACAUCCGGGGCCAGCAGUAUCAGUAUCAGAUCGGAGAAUACUUGUACUUAAAUUGUACGUCGGGAAAGUCGCAUCCGGCCUCACAUCUACAGUGGUUUGUCAACGAGCAGGCGAUUCUCGACGAGCACUACCUGCACAAAUACAACGACGUGGUUCACAAACACGGGCUAAUCACCUCGACGCUCGGGCUGCAGCUGCCUCUCGAGCCGCGACACUUCCAUGACGGCGACAUGCGCGUCAAAUGCCUGGCCAGCAUAUCGCCGGUCCUGUGGAAGGGUGGCAAGGAGAGCGUCCUGCAGCGGCGGCCGGGCAUCAUCGACAACCGCGAGGCUAUGCUGCUGGUUAAAGGAGCAGCAGGACACUCGCAAAGCAGUCUGUUACGCUCCCUGACCAUCGCCAUCAUCCUGGCCCGGACCGGACAGUGGCUACUCGGAUCCGAGCUGACCUAAGCGAGUUCUUGCAGACGGCCAACUCUCCUGGCGACUCGUUUCAAUUAACAUGCAUUCAUUUCAAUUCAAUUCAAAUGCAAUUGCAGAGCAUAAAUGGUGAUUUUGUAUACUUUAAGUGUAAUAUCUUUAGUUGUUAAGUGAAUAUAAAUGGAAAAAUACAAAAACAGAGUCAAUGUAACCAAGAGUAAAGAACAAGUAUAUCGGAUAAAUGUGUUAUAGCAUGUAAAAAUCAGAAAGCAACGCAAACAGAAACGAGUUGAAUAGUAUUAGAAGGGAUUGCGUUCUGCAACUACAAAAUCCUGUGCAGAGGGGCAACCGAAAUUCAAUUAGCAAAAUUGUUAAGUAACUAAAUUCCAAUCUAAUAUAUAUGAUACAGCCCCCGAUCCAGCGUCCCAGUCGUGUUCAUCUGGCCCGGCUGGAGGUUCGUUGUGCAUAAUUUCUGUGUAAAUACUUCAAUUGAGACGAAAAAGUCUGGGACAAACUUUGGACUUUUGUCAAAUACUAUCUGACUGGCAUCAAUUUCAAAUGGGAGCUGGAAACUUUGCCAUAACAGAUGCGAGAACUACAUAAUUGCAACUAAAGUGAAAAUAGAAGGAAAAAUAGAAGAACUCAUCCCCCUACUCAUCCCCCAGUGUUUCAGUUACAAUCCGGAAAGUAUUUGCUUCCUGACUUUGAUUCCGAAAGUAGUUGAGUUUUGUUUUGUAUAUGAAGUCUGUAAAGUAAAAGGAAUUUGAAAUACAUUUAGAUUGUUGUUGGAUCAAUUACGAAUAACUCUACGGCUUAAAAUUAAGUUUCGACGGGCUUGGGUUACAGUGCACCCUAGUUAUAUAAACUGUAUAAAAAGUAUAUAUUAUAUCUGUAUUUUAAGAACUUUUGAUUACCUAGAACUGUAAGCUAUUUGUUUAAGUUGUAGCCGGACUGUCCCCAGAAAACAAAAGUCCCCUGUAUGUAGUGUUGACUAAAUUAAAAUUAAAUUACAGCUCCCGAAGAUAUAACUACUAUAUAUGAAGAUAUGUAUAUGUAUACAAUAAAUAAGUAUGAGUACGACAUGACCCCCUUUUUCCCCCAGAGUGUUUAAACAAAUAUAAAUGUGAAAGCAAACUCCCA